AUGAAUGCCAGCGAUGCUCUCUUUUCUCAAUACGAGAAUACCCUCGACCUUAACCUCCUCAAUCGGGCAAUUGUACUAGCAGAAAGAGCAACUACCAAGACGACCUCCCGCCACCGGGAAAGACUUGUUUUGGCGGCCAAGCUGCGCAAAAUGUAUGGGGACAAAUUUGAGCAUACAGGUGAUCAUGGAGAUCUCGACAUGGCCUGGGUGUGGGCAGUGGAGGAAAUAGACAAAACACAGCAAAACAUGACCAACUAUGGAACCGUGUGCAGCAGUAUCCUCGCUCUCCAGCAUCAUCUUGAGAGCAUACACAACCGGUACAGAUUCCCAGGUGGGGAUUUAUACAGAAGAUAUGUGCGGCUAGGUAAGUUGAGCGACCUCAACGAGGCAAUUAUUCGGGUGGGAACGGCCAUCGAUACAUAUGGAGUAGAGAACCCCUCUCACAAUGAUAUGCUAAAUGUACGGAGCGUGUUAUUGAGGGAAAGAUUUGAGCGGCUUGGUGGCAUGAGAGAUCUAGAAUUGGCGGAAGAGAUAAAUGAGGAAAUAGUGAGACGAAGCCGCACCGGUGGCCCGGAAAGUACCAGGGCAAUUGAAGGCCUUGGCGGGGUAUUAUACAGACGCUUUGAGCGGAUCGGCACCCUGGGAGACCUUCAAAAAGCCAUCAAGCACGCCGAAGACGCACUAGCUGCUACCCCUCUAGAUCACCAAAAUCGAGCUGAGAGACAUAACAACCUGGGCAAUAUGCUGUCUACGAGAUUUGAGCGGAUAGGAGACCUUGGAGAC